CAAACAUCAAACUCUGCUAAAGUACUUCACUUUCCCUAACACAAGACGCAUCCCAAAUCUCCAAAGUCUGAACCUUUACGAUCUCGUUCAACCCAUUUCUUCCAUCUCUCAUUCUCAAUCGAAAAAAACGAUGUUACCCUUCUUUGAAGAUCACAAGAAUCUCAUUCUCCAAACACUACUCUGUGUUUCCCUCACCUUAAUCCUCACUUUCCUCAAGAUCCCCGUUUUGUUUCUCCAUGGUUUGUUCACUUAUAUUCACCCUGAAAACGUCGGGCAAGGGAACAGCGGCUCAUCUUCCGGCGUUAGAGCCGCCAUUCGUCGACCUUCUGGCUCGGAUUCUGGUCCCGGACUCGAUGGUUACCAAUCUCUGUCGUCGAGGACCAAUGCGGAGCUCAAAAAGAGGAACAAAUCUAAAGACAAGAAGUUCGAGUUCGAUGAAAGCAAUGCCCAGAUCUUCAGGCUGAAACUCGACGAGGGUCAUCUUCAAACCAGGCUUUUCUUCAAUGAUUACCACAAUUCCUUUCUCUUCUCAUUUGUGGGUAUUUCCUGUUUGUUGCUUUACAUGUAUUUGGGCGCGUCUGAGGGUUCUGGGAAUGGGAAUUUUAUUCCGCUUAUUCUGGGAUUCAUUGGUUUAACCAAAUCCUUUUUAGCUCUUGCGAAGAUAUCGUUUGAGAGAUCUGCUUCUAAGAGGUCGGAGAAGCAAUUUAGUGCCAUUUUCGGUGUCUUAGGGUUUGUUAUAGGGAUUAUGAUUUGUUCUGGAAUCGGACCAUCGGUUUUCGAUUUCCAUUUCGAUUCAAUCGAAGGGUCUUGGAGGAUUCUUAUUGCCAUUUUCAUGGGACUGAUUGCUGGGUUUCUGUAUAUGCCUGCUGGGAAAAAUGCAAGGUCCUUUUGGCUUGGGACUGAUCAGCUUAGAUGUAAUUUGUCCAUAAUUUCUUGUGGAUGGUUUGCUAGAAUGAUUCUAUAUGCCAAUUACAUGUUAACUGUGUUCACUGCUUUACUUUGGAUCAAUCCAUUUGCUGAAAUCUUUGUUAACAAGAAUAGUUUCCAUGGCGGAUCAGCUGCGGAGAAACUCGUUGGAAAUGUGGGGUUUCCGGAAUCGGAAUUCAACAGGUUUAGGCUUCUCUGCUUAUUGCUCUCUGGAAUUGCACAAAUUGUCGUUGUACGUUCGAACCUGCAGAUGUUUUUGAACGAAGCGGUUUUGUCUUGGUAUCAAAGAUUGCAUGCUAGCAAGGUCCCGGAUUUGGAUUUCAGCCGAGCCAAGGUUUUCUUGCACAAUCACUACCUAUGCCUUGCAGCUCUGCAGUUCUUUGCACCAUCAGUGUUGGUACUGCUCUUCCUUGGCUUAUCUCAAAUUGACACUAAUUCAUUUGAUAAAUACAACCUUGUUUGUGGUUUACUGCCUUGCUCUGCUUUUGUUAAAGAAGUGGCCGUGUUCAUGGCUUGGUGGAUCGUAUUCGUCUGGUCGGUUAUCACUUCAGCAAGUCUGGUGUUCUACCGACGCGGUGUUUUGUAUGUUUUCUGAUAAAACUCGGUUUUUUGUACUUGCCCUUUGUUGUUGGCCUGUUUGCCUUUGAAUUUUUGCCUAAUUUUGGAUACAGAUUGUUUUGCUUGUAACAGAUGAUUGCAUAUGUUUGCUGAGAUGUUGUAAUGGAACAUACAUGCAGCAAGAAAAUUCAGAUGUUUUACUUCAGUUUAGUUCACUUA